AGAGCUAGAGUUGGUCAAAGAAAAAUAAAGAAAGAGAGAUAAAUAAGAAAUAGAAAGCAAGAAAGAAGAAGCCAAGUUCGAAAAGUGGGAGAAAAUGGACCUUCGGCCACCACGACCUAACCCAAGCGAGCCUUCUCGGUCUCAGCAGCAACCGGGUCUUCACCAGAGCGAUGCGGACGAUGACGACGAGAACGUGAAGCAGCUCAACGAGUGUUCUUCUCUCUAUUUGUCCCUGCAGGAAUGUCUUAAUAACACUAACAGGAAUUGGAAAUCUUGUCAGAUGGAAGUUCAAGCUUUGAGGGCGUGCAAUGAAAGAAGGAAAAAAAUGACCGAGUGAAAUGAGGAUUUUGCCUUGCGGGGGGCUAAACUCUGCAAAUCAACAUCCUGACUCUGUUUUUGGAGUUUUUGGUUUUCGUUAGUUGAUUGAACAUAACUAACUACCUCUCAUGUUCUGUAACUUUUGAGUUUUUGCUGAUGAUUCUUCAGCAAUUUCUUCAGGUGAUAUAUUGCUCUAAAUGCCCAAGUUUUUUUCCUCAACAGUUAUGGCGGUCUGCUAGAAAUGUAAUUUAAUUCAAAAGGAAAUUUAUGGGGGAAAUGAAUAAAGAAUGGUUCGUCUUUGACACA